AUGCGGCGUUUGGCUCGCAAACGCGCCGCCACCUAUCAGCGCCUCACUAUGCAGCUGACGCUGGAGGCGCUCUUGUCUGCGGACGUCUCGACUGACAGUGGUCAGUCGGCUGCCUCCGGGAACAAGCUAAACCUCCUGGCACACAGCGCACAGCGAGAAGCUGCACAAUCACACACAAAACACAAGCCCGAAAAGAACCAGCACUGCUGGCAACCAGACGCGGCAUCGGAGUAUCCGGGAGUAUCCGGCUUCGGAGUAUCCGGGAGUAUCCGGGAGUAUCCGGCUUCGGAGUAUCCGGGAGUAUCCGGGAGUAUCCGGGAGAUCGACAGGUCACUGCCAUGGGUUCCCUUCGCCGCGUCCUCUUCCUUCGGAGAGCUCCGUGCUCUUGUAGCUCAGCGCCUUGGAGGUGCUUCUACUUCCAUCCUUGUCCACCAUGGCGAAGUGGUCAAGGACCAAGAGCUUGUGAGUACAAGGAUGAAAGGCGAAGAAGAGGUCAUCUUCUUCAUGGAGAUUCACCAGCCAACUUCCGAAGACAACAGCGCACGGGGCACAGUGGAUCUUCUUAGCUCCUCAAGCUUGACUGAGUUCUCCAACAACCUCAUGCAAAGGAUACAGCAGGCACAACAAGCUCAAUCACGUGCUUCUCAGCCGUUAGUGCAGCCUCAACAGCAGGCACAAGCCCAUCGGACGUCCAGGCAGUCACCUCAGAGUCAAGACGAGCGGCACAAUGCUGAGCUAAUCACGCAGUUGGUCGACAUGGGUUUCCCUCGGGCACGAGCUGAGAAAGCUCUCCGAGUCACCGGGUUUGAUCUGAUGGAUGCUGUCAAUUGGCUCGCUGAGCAUCAGGAAGAUGCGGCUGGUGCUGCCCCCCCUGCCCCUACGACGCCUCCUGUCGUCCCCCCAAAGGUCAAGGCGUUGGAAUCAGUGUUUGAACCAGUGUUCCAAGCCAUCGCACUGGCUGCGCAUGGGAACGAUGAAGUUCGAAGGAGCCUUGAGCGUGUGCGCCUGCCUGCCAUGGAGGACGAUGGUUGGCGAGGGUUUUCAGCCUGCGUCCAGCGGAUUUGGAAGGGAGAAAGAGAUGCUGGAUCGCUUUGUGUAUCGUUAGAUCCCAACACAGCUCACUUCGUGCGUAAAGUCAUCGAGUUCGUCGAGAUGCCAGAAAAAGACUUGUUGACUCAGAUCGAUGACGACAGCAGACAUGCGCUGCCAAGAGAUCCACAGUUCGAAACUAUCCUGAAUCAGCUGAAACCAAACCUCACGAGGCUUGCUGUGUUUGCAACAAAGGCGACAAAAGUUGCCUUUGGCGAGGCAGAGAUGACAGAUGCUGAGGAGGAAGGGCAGCUUGUUACGUUUGUCGAAAACAUGGAGAAGGCGAAUUACCAGCUCAAAACCAUAUGGGACAUGCUUUGUGCAGGAGUCCGAUCUAGCCAGGACCUCUUCGAUUGCAUCGUUCCGUUAUCUAAUGGAAAACCAGACGACAGGAGUUUCAGAAUCGUGAGAUUUAUGCUGAAAGAGAUCAGCAUUCUUGAGAAGUAG